AUGUCUGGUUUGGAAAUCCUCGGUGCCGUUACGGCUGUCUUGGGCCAAAUCGAGUCGGCCAUCGCGCUGGCGGCCCGGUUCCGCACAGCCCACCAGCGCCAAAAGGGUUUGACGGCCGUCCUCGACCAGCAUGGGCAGGUACUCGUUGAGACGCAGCGCAUCGUUACCCUGGUCAAGGAAGAGGAGGCGUUGCAGACGGCCGCCGUCACCGCCGAGUUGGUCACAGUGGAUGAGUCCGUCAAAGGUUUGGUCGACCUCCUCAACCGGAUCCAAACAAGUGGCCAGGACAAGAGAUCCAGCCGCUUUUCCCAGAUGUUCUACCAGCUCGCCCACGGGUCGCGGGAUGAAGGAGACCUGCGCACGGCUAUGGAGAGCCUUGGGCGUGCUAAAGGCGACUUGGGCCUUUGCAUCAGCGUCGCUCAUGUUGGUCUGAGCCGGGCUGAGCCAAAAACAGAGAAUGGCACACUGGUUAUCACCGCCGCCGACCUCGCGUCCAUCGAGCCUCCCGGCCGCAUCCGCGGCCGCCGCCAGUCUCCUGCGAAUGGGGACGAGCCUGCGUCUCAACUCAUCGUAAGCGAGAACAUGACAGCAGAUCAGGCGCUCCAGAUCAACGGGCCUGUGGGCAUGCAGGAGUGGUACUCGGCAAGCCACCUCAUCCAGGGCAAUAAGGCUUCGGCACAAAGCGUUCAGAUUAACGGGGCGAUGUCGCCGGAUGCCUUUGCGGCACUCCUGCAGGCAAAAGCUUAG